AUGGCAGACUCAUAUAACUCGAAGAAACUAAAAGAAUUGUUAGAACUAUUAUCUUUGAACAAUGGCGAUACUCAAAAGUUAACUCAGCAACAGCGCAAGGACUUUGAAGACUAUAAGUUCUGGAAAACGCAACCUGUCGCUAAAUUUGAUGAAAAAAUUGAUGAAGAAGGUCCUGUUCAUGGUAGUAUGAAAGUUGAAGAUGUGAGGGCAGAGCCAUACCCUUUAUUGGAGGAGUUUGAGUGGAGUACUCUAGAUAUAACCGAUUCUAAGGAUUUGGAGGAUGUCUUCGUUCUUUUAAACGAAAACUACAUUGAAGACAAAGAUUCAACUUUUAGAUUUAACUAUACAAGAGAAUUUUUCAAUUGGGCAUUAAAGCCGCCUGGGUGGCGCAAGGACUGGCACGUUGGUGUCCGUGUGCGUUCUUCAGGCAGGUUGGUUGCAUUUAUUAGCGCUAUUCCAACUAUUUUGGAGGUUAGAGGGAAGCCUUUGAAAAGUGUGGAAAUCAAUUUCUUAUGUGUGCACAAGAAGUUAAGAGCCAAGAGGUUGACGCCAAUUUUGAUCAAGGAAAUUACAAGACGUGUAAACUUGCAAGAUAUAUGGCAUGCGCUCUAUUCCGCUGGAGUUAUUCUACCAUCUCCAGUUUCAACAUGUCGUUACACCCAUAGACCGCUCAACUGGUCAAAGUUAUACGACGUCGGCUUUACAGCAUUGCCCGCUAAUGCUACCAAAUCGGAAAUGGUCGCCAAAUACACAUUGCCCAAGAACACACUAGUAAAGGGUUUAAGACCAAUGGUGGAAGAUGAUAUUGACGCCGCCCAUGCGCUUUUUAAUAAAUACCAGGCAAGAUUCGAUCUUGUGCAGUCAUUUGACAAAGAGGAAUUCAAACAUUGGUUCUUGGGCAACGCUGAUACUCCAAACGUGAUUUAUUCAUACGUCGUUGAAAAAGAAGACGGUUCAAUCUCCGACUUUAUGUCCUUCUAUUCGUUGCCAUUUACCAUUUUAAAUAGCAAACUGCACAAAGAAUUAGGUAUUGGGUACCUAUUCUACUAUGCUUCCGAUGCAGACUUCGCCUACGAUGACAGAUUUGAUCCUGCGGGCACCGAGCUCUUGCGUAAUAGACUCAAGCAGCUCGUAAAUGACAUCUGCAUCAUUGCUCGUGAUCAAAAAAUGGAUGUUUUGAACGCAUUGUCCUCCCAAGAUAAUAACUUAUUUUUGCAAGACCUAAAAUUUGGCCUUGGAGACGGCUUUUUGAACUUCUACUUAUUCAACUAUAAAGCUAAACCUAUUAGCGGCGGGAUCACAGAGCAAAAGAAGUUGGAUAAUAUUAUGCGUAGCAAUAACGGUAUUGUGAUGUUAUGA